CGUACAAAAACACACACACACGCAUGGGUCUGAUGGAAUAUAGGUGUGGUUGCAUUUAUUUUUAUCAAGCCUCGAAGGAGAACAUGAGCUCAAGGGAAAAGAAAGAACGAGUGGGAGAGUGAGACUACUGGGUGGGCAUACAGGAAGAAGCGAGGGAGAGAGCGAGGAAUAGAGGUUCAGAGAGGUCCAUGUGGUGCGCCAACAGUUCUUCUAAAUAAUCCAACGAGAUCUGACAGCGAACUUCACGGAUAAAAUGCCAUUACCUCAUGGCCCUGGGUACCCGUUAAACAGAUUUAGUGGAGGACAGCAGAUAGAAGAGGGAGGAAAGGCAGCUCAGUGUAAGAAGUUGAGAGUGGGGGAUGAACUGGUGAACAUUAACGGCUCUGCUCUCUACGGCUCUCGUCAAGAAGCUCUCAUCCUCAUCAAAGGUUCUUACAGGGUGCUCAAAAUCGUCGUCCGAAGUAGGCGCAGUGUGCCAGUGAUCCGUCCCCACUCUUGGCACCUGGCAAAGCUGACUGAGGCACCCUGCACUACGGGCACUGGUGACCCCUCAGAUGGCCCCCCGGCUAUGCAGCUCCACUUCACACCUCUCAGUGUACCGUGGCACUCCGGAGGUGACAAUAGUGAGCUGUCCAUGCAGUGGGGCCAUAUCUCCAGGCACUACAGCACAGAUCGCAGUAGCUCAAUAGGAAGUAUGGAGAGUCUGGAGAAUCCUCCCAACCAGGGUUACUAUGACAGUCAGCUCUCUCCCAUCGAUCCGGUCAUCUUCAACAACAAACGUGACUCCGCUUACAGCUCAUUCUCAGCCAGCUCAAACACAUCUGAUUACACCGUCCCCGUCAAGCCUGAGGAUACCAACUCUAUGGACAGUCUUCUCCAGGGUUUUGCUUCUUCCUGCAGGUAUCCAGACGGAGGCCAGCAUUGUGCUCCCAGUGGCCAUGGAACCCAACAGGAUGAGCAUGAACACUCCAAGAUACUCCAAGGUGCUAAAGUGCGACCGUCGUCCUACAGCUGCGAGGAGGAACACUGUGUGCCGCCACAGCCACCCAUGAGGAAGGACAGUUUUAGGGCUACCAGAGGCCAAGCAACAGAUAAACGCUGUGUGUCUGCUCCUGUAGGCAUCCCUGUAGGCAUGGUUGAAGAUCAAUCUCAAAUCCAGGAUGUUCUGACUGGAAGUGUUUAUUUGAAUGGAACACAAGCCGAUGAACAAGAACAUAAAGGAUGCACCAGUGAACCUUAUUACACCUUUAACUCAAAGAGAGAAUCUAAUGGAGAUAGCAAGGCAACUGAAUGUGAGAAAAAACAAUAUUCAGAAUCUGUGGCAGUGUCUACGCCUCCUCUCAGUCCCUUUUCACAAAGGAAUAGGGAUGAGAACUUUGAUACCCAACUCCAACCGGAACGUAAUCUCCAGUCGGCAAUGCACAGGCACAGCGCACCUGAGAAACUUUUAGCUUCUCAGUUGUGUAUGAUGGAUUUUUCUGGCAACAAAAGUGAUUGUGCAUCUCCAACUUGCCAGUGGUCACAGUCACCUCUUUAUGUGAGUGAUACUAGUCCAAAUACGUCCCAGGGCAAGUGGGAAGCAAGUAGAUGUUCCACACCUGGUUCGGUUGCAACUUCGGAACUUGAGGAUCCCAGGUUAGAGGAGGAUCCUCUCGAUUCUGGACAGAAUAUUUGGGGGCAGCCUAUUAAUGUCUCUGGAAAUCCCAUGGAGAAUGGAUUAUCCACCGUUAACUCUCAAACCAGUGAGAAGAACCUUGGAUCUGUAGGUGCUAACAUGUGUGUGGACACUCACCUGAAUGAGAACGGAGGAGAAGCAAGGGUGGACGAUGGCAGUAUCACAAAGCAGUCACAGAAACGUCAAUUCCGUAACUCCAAGUCGCGUCGUAGAAGUGAGCGCUUUGCUACAAACCUCAGAAAUGAAAUCCAGAGGAAGAAGGCCCAGCUGCAGAAGAGUAGAAACCCUUGUGGUGAGGAGACUGUGGAAGAAGAGGUUGCAGAUCUCAACAUGGAGGCAGUAGAUCCUCCAGAGUACCAUCAACCCAAACCCCAAAACCUCUCAAGUCCUCCCACCAGUCCUCCAGCUGCCUCCAUGCAAAUACCCAAACAGAUACCUCAACAAGUUCUUGAUACAAUACAAGUUGAGGAGCAUUCCAGAACCAGGGCUGCAUGCCUUCAGACACCUCAGACCCAAACCCAGAUCCCUCAACAUCCUAGACAAGUGUGUGUGCAUGUCGUGGAGGAGAUAGCGCCUGCAGGUAAACCACGCCGAUGGCGUUGGACACCAGAAUACAAGCUUCAACCAGAAAGUGAACUCUCUGAGAGUAACAGAAAUGAGGCAACCGGACAGACAUGGUCUGGAAAAAUGGGAUCAACAAGAGGGAGGGCAGGUUCCUCCAGUAGUCGCUUAGGUCGAUCGGACGAGUGUGAUAUUCCUCCCUUUGCAGACCGCAGAAGGUUUUUUGAAGAGACUAGCAGAAAGUUGAGUCAGUCUGUAACAAACUUGUCAAGCUUGACAAUUCGAAAUCAGAGAUUUGACAAGCCAUGUAGACUGAACUAUCCAUCCUCACCUGAACCUCUCGAAAUACCUACUAACCUGGGCCGGAGGAGGUUUUCGUAUCAAGAUGUGCCCUACGUCAACUCACUGGACACUGGGAGACAGUUAACCCAUCAAGACCAAGAAAAAUUAAGGGAGAGACUAAUCGAGAGAGAGCAGGAGAAAGAAAGAGAGCAGGAGAGAAUCAAAGAGCAAGAGAACCUUAGAGAACAAGAGAGGGAGAAGGAAAGAUUAAGAAAAGAGAGGGAAAAAGAGCAACAAAGGGUGAAGGACUGGGAAGACAGGCAAAGAUUGCUGCAGAGAGAACAAGAACAAGUUCCUCAGUCUCUAUAUCACGAAGCCUGUCGGAAACAGCCGCCCAGUCCUCAGGUUCCUUCCUCUCUGCAGUCCUCUGAGAAUUUCUAUACCAACUCUACCGCCAACAUCCAAAAGCCUUGCUCAGCGUUCCACCCAGUGACCACCCAGCACAAUCAGUAUGAUGACUACAAUGUAAAUCCACCCUACAAGUCCAGGAGCUACACCCCAGCUGAGGCCCAUCCUAUUCAGGAACAGGAACAAGCAAAAAAACUAAACAGAAAUUUCAGCUUAACAGAGAGGGACUACUCAAGGUGUAGGAGAAACUCCAAGACAGCAGAGGGUGCUGCUGUUCCUAGCUUCAUGGGUCAAGGUGGCAACAGAAUUACAGGAGGACGCACUGAGGAGCAUCUGUUUACACCCCUUAGAAACCGUGCUAUGUCAGAAAAUGACCUUCGUGUGGACACACAAAAUUUUCAUAAUCAGACCAACGUCGCACCAAGCAGAAUGCGUGCGUCCACUCUUGGUGACCUGGAUGAGAAUGGAGUAUGUGUAGGUGAGGUAAAAAAGAAAAAAGGGCCUCCGCCUCCCCGUCCACCGCCCCCGAAAUGGGAUCAGUUCCACAAGAGACGGGCAUCCCACCAUAACCUCUUCUCCACCCCGCCACUCUAUUCCUCUCCUUCUUCAUCUCCACCUCGACCACAGCCGUCCACAUCCCAGCCUCCCAGUGUGCCUGAAAUAACACGUCAACGCUCCUAUAGUCUUCCUCCGAGGGAGUUCUCAGAGAGCCAUCACUACUGCAGUCAAGAGUAUUCUGUGGCUCCCCCGAGCCCUGCUUUUACACGUCGGGCCUUUAAACCUGUAGCCCUGCCCCCGAGAGAGAGAGACAUGAGGAGAGAACUUCAUCAGCCUUUGCCACAGCCUGAGCCACGCAAAAGAAUACCAGUCCAUAAUGCUGCAGUGUCCGAUGAUCCUAGAGUCACACUGGUGAAGCCCAUCUUCCCUGAGCAUCGAGCUGAGUGGAACCGGCCCAGUCCUCACUACACUGCACAGGGCACUACCAGGUCUUAUGAAGUCCCAGAGAACAGUUUGUCCGCUGGACCCGUGUGUCCCGAAUCCUACUUCUCCAUGAACAACUUCCACCUGCAGCCCCAUCAAGCAGGCUUCCCUGGAACAGCACACAAAAACCAGCUUAUUUCAUCCUGCAGUCCCAACAGUGUUGAAGAUGGAAACCAGCCUCUGGAGACAGACAUAGAUGAGAUCAAUGAGAAUGAGCGAGUAGGAGAAAUUGACAGGAGGGAGGGAGAGGACAGGAUGGAGAUGCAGGGUUUUGCUCGACCAGUUAUGGUGCUGGAGACAGACAUUGACAACAUGCCUGAGGAAGGGGCUCCAUCAGCGAGAAAUAAUAGAGGGCAGAGGGGUGCUUUGGUGGAGUCCAUUCUAGAGGAUGAUUAUGGUUUAUCUAGGAAAGAGCUGAUAGGGGAGUUAUUUCCACAUAGUGUAAAUACAGAGAUGGGUGGAGAGGGAUGGAGAGGAGGCCAGCUAAUCAGCGGAGGAACACUAGAGAGGGCAUCUAGACUGGGAACAUCCACAGCACAAGUCUCACGAUCGACCUGUUAUGACAUAUCAGCUGACAACCCACAACUUCUUGCCAGGAUUCGAGAGAUCUCAGAGAGGAAAGAGGAGGAGGAAGAGCUAAAUUAUAAGAGGCAGCUGAUGGAGAGCCUUCGUAAAAAGCUGGGCGUCCUGCGUGAGGCACAGAGGGGCCUGCAAGAGGAUAUUCGUGCCAACGCUCAGCUGGGAGAGGAGGUAGAGAGCCUGGUGCUCGCUAUCUGCAAGCCCAACGAGGUGGACAAGUACCGUAUGUUCAUCGGUGACCUAGACAAAGUGACCAGCCUGCUGUUGUCUCUUUCUGGAAGACUGAUCCGAGUAGAAAGCGCACUGGACUGUGUGAACCCAGAGACUGGCCACCACGAGAGGCUUCAACUUCUGGAAAAGAAGAAGCAGCUGCUGGUGCAGAUGGGCGAGGCUCAGGAGCUCAAGGAGCAUGUGGACCGGCGUGAGCAGGCGGUUGGCAAAGUGCUGGAAUGUUGCCUGACCCCAGAACAGAUGCGUGACUACAGUCACUUUGUGAAAAUGAAAGCAGCCCUACUGGUAGAGCAGAGGCAACUGGACGACAAGAUUAGGCUCGGCGAGGAGCAGCUCAGAGGACUUCGAGAGAGCCUCGGCCUGGGCCUUGGGCUGGGGAUCGGGAUGGGGUACGGGCAAUACUGAAUGAGUGCAUGUAUAACAGGAUUUGAAAUGGAUUGAGAAGACCUUGAACUGCAGUAGGUUUUAAAAAGUGGACAUUGACAUGACAGUUGAGUACAGUAAAGCACAACUAUUUUCAGUUCAAUUCGAAAACACUACAUCACUACUUGAAGUUGUUUCUUAGGACUUGUUGUUUCUCAGCUGCACUAAUAAUUUUUUUGCGCUUACUUGGUUACCAUCUGACACCACCAAAGAAUGCAUGUGUGCAUAUACUUCUCAUUGAAUACAGCAGGGGGAGUGUCCAUGCACUGCUAUUUAUUUAUUUAUGUGUGUAUAUAUUCAUACACACAAUAUAUAUAUAUAUCUUUGUCCAUAAAUUAGAGAACUUUGGUUUCAAUGUCACAUUGCUUUAAUAAUUCACAGCCUCACAUUGUAUGUAUCCAAUUUCAUUCGGUUCUUUGGCAUGGUAAACGUUAUUGUUCUGUUAAAAGUGUUCUGUUUUAAGUAUUUGUAUGUACAUUGAAAACAUGUACAUAGCGGAUGCCAUAGUGCAUCUUUGUCACAGAAGUUUCAUUCUGUCAUAACUGGAAGUGUUCUUGAAUGAAACAUUGUGGCGUUUUAUUGCAGUGUUUUCAAAAGCGGGCCAUUUAUACGUUUCAUAUUCAGUAUGCCUUAUUGUACUUGCUACACUUUUCUCAGAUAAUUAUUAUUGCCAAAGAAAAAAUUUAUGUCUACAUAAGAAUAUAAAUGUGCUGUGCCUGUUUUGAGAAAUGACAUGUAUAAAUGUCUUGAGAAGAUCAGCCUUGCUUUACCAAAGCUCUUAUAUUGAUAUUUUUUUUUGAAUAAGAGUUUUUAGUUAAAUGAGACGCACUGUUUAACCCUUAUGUAUCAUCUCACAACAUGGCAACUGUUGAGGCGACUGCUACUAGAUUUCCUUUUCUUUGUGAGAAACUGGACAUUUCUUAAGAAGGAAGGAGAAUGCUGCUUCGUUGACCAUUUACUGCCUUGAAAGUCUUGUCUUUUUUUUUUUUUAUUGCAAAACAGAAGAGAUGAAGAGUGAUAUAAAGUUGAUUUGUAUUUGAAGGGCUUGUACAGGAACAAGGAAUGAAUGUAUGUAUUUGGUUUCAAAAUUGCAGUUUAAAAAGGUAAAUGUGCCUUUGUGCUUAUUUUUGCAGUUAAAUUUUUUUGCUUCACUUUGUAUAAAAUUUAUAGUUGAAAAACUAUAAACUACUCUUGUUCAUUUUGUUGUAUCAUACAUUGUAAACAGCAUAACGCUGAAGAUGAAAGGAAAUACUUGGUAUAUUGAUAAUUUUCCUCCUUUUUUGAUUGAAAAGAUUCCUUGUAAAACAUGUACAAUUAAAAACAUCUUAUUAUGGAUAUGC